AUGGGAGUAGAACAAACCGAAGGAGUGAAGCAACCUGAAGAGGAGAGGCAGGAAACAGAGACACACAAGUCAGAGGAAAGGAAUGAUGAGAAAGAAACAGUGGAAGAGGCCGAAGUACAACCGGAGGAGCCGGAAACUAUAGCCCCAACCGUGUCAAAACCAAAGCCAGUUAAGAGGACACUAGUGUUGAAAAACGACCCCAAGGAAGAAAGGCAGAAGCUCAAGAGAGUGUCACAGAGAUGCUUAGGAAAAUGGACGUCCAACAAGGCAGGAGCAAACACGGCAGCAGAUGCAGUGGAGAUCUCUAGUGAAGAUGAGGUGGCUGAGGCAGGAGCAAACACGCCAAAUAACCAGGAGGAAGAGGCUGACAAGGUGGCUAAGGGUCUGGACCUCGCAUCGAAGUCAGUAGGUCAGGAGGAAGCGAUAAAUAAUGAUACCAGUGACUGCGUGGUGACCGAGCCUACUGCCCAAGUGGAACAUUCAACACUAGCGGACCAGGAAGCUAAGGCAGACGAAGGUGAAGACAAGUACCUCCAGGAGAGGAAGCGAAAACGAAAGGCCCCUGCCAAGAAGAAGCAGAUCAUAAAGAAACAACGCACAGCCAACACCAGCAUAGUGAUCCGAGAGCCAGAAGAGAGAAAGAGGUUGAGUGACAGUGAUUACACUUCCAGCAAAGAAUCGGAGUCAGAGAGAGACGUCUCUCUAGACGGUGAGGAGUACCAUGAGCAGCAACUCCCUGACAACCACCAUUGCUAG